UUGGACCCGGGCCGCCACAGGGGGACAGCGGACGGCAUUCCUCCACUGCCUGCGCCCUGUUGUGUUGCUAUUCGCCGCGUGGCUUUAGUCCGUGGAUAACAUGUCCGUGUCCACGCAAACUUAAGCCGCUGGACUGUCUCUGACUGACACCAGUGUAGUGGACGCAUUAACUGUACGGUGGGAAACAAAACAAUAUAGUUGGAGUCUCACGAGGGAAGCGGUGGUCCGCUCUUGGAGAGAUACUUGUGCCGUCUUUACUGGAUUUGCGCAGGGGCGCAACGGCUGACAGACGACCUGCGCUUUUUCUGAAGACACUUCAGGAGUGUUCGGACGGGGAACAAACAACAAUCACUCCUGAGGACGUACACUGAUACCUGAUUUUAAACUUUAUUAUUCAGAAUUUCCUGGCUCGGGUUCGUAGCUGCUUCAGGGAUAAAUGAUCACCUCAACCAGAAGAGUGUCUCCUGAUAAAUCUGAAGUUAGAAUUGCCUUCAGCCUCGACAACACAUCAGAUGUAAAAGAUGUGGAGGACCUCUCUCAGAAUUUCCCGGAUCUUGAACACCGAUUACAGCCUGUGCCCCCAUGUGUGUCUCUGAGAGAGAGCGUUCAGGUGUACAAGGAGCACUGCAGGAUGGCGAGAGAGUUCCACCAGGUCAAACAUGAGAUUGCUGUGCUUGAGGAUCGCAAGCGUAAGUUGCUGGCUGAGCUGGUGGAGGACGAGAAGGUUGCCAUGGAGAUUGCCCGUCUUGAGGAGGAGUUUCGGCGUCUCACAGAAGAGAAUCGCAAUUUGGUGACUGUCCACAACGAGCGCGCUCAGCAGCUGGAGAGGCUCUGCCUGAACAGUCAAAUGAGGCAGGACUCCUCAUGACCUCUGAUCUCCAUAGAACCUGAGACCUUCAGACACUCAGUUGACACCAGGCCAGGAAACAAAGGCUCAGCUAGGGCUCAUUCUACACAACUACAGUCUGUGAAUCAGCUAAUUACACAGAAAGGUGCCAUGUUUAUUCAUGUCUGAGUCAUCUGUUUGAACCACAGAUGUACUGUCAUCAUCAGUGUGAAGCUGUUAUAGUGUUUCUACCAAGCAAUGACACAAGGGCCAUUUAUCUGAGUACUGUUUUGUUUAUUAUGUGAUGUUUCAGAACAUUGCUGGUCGCUAUUGCAGUACCUCACAGUAUACAUUCAUACAAUGUCAGCUGCUGUGAAUGUGACCAGGUAUUCUGAUAUCUGUCUCAGGUCCUGUGGAGACUCAGAUCUUUUACCUGAGGUCUGUGGAGGAAGCCAAAGGUGGUUUGAUGUGGUCCAAAUGUUUUAUUUUGAAGAGUGUUUCCCCUCCCUCUCCCUCUCUCCCACCCCAGUACUUGCCUGUCAAGUUUCUGUUAUGGUAGAAAGGAAAUGAGUGUUGCACGGCGUUAGGGACUGGGGAAAAGAAAGCAAAAGAACACGGGUGAUGACCCAUUUCACAAUAAGUAUCUGCUGCGACACAACACUGUAAGAGUUGUACAUUUUUUGAUGUAGCUUGUCUCACUCACCUGUAGAAGGGAAGUACGCAACAACUGUUGCUUAUCGUCCUCGUCUAAUAAUAAAAUGCAUUUUAUUUUAACACCAGCAUCAGUUCCUUACUGCAGUUUCAUUUCUCCAGGCUGGUUCUGUUGUGUGCUUUAUGAUCAUAUUGCGUU